AUGUCAACAUUACGGUACCGCCCUUGGCAGGCCCUGCAGGCUAUCCAGAACGCAACAGCCCUUUCUCAAGCUUCUCGUACAAGGAUCGGCUCCUGCCAGUCCUCCCACCUCAUCACCAAGCGCGCCAUUACCUACAGCUCGACGCGGUCCCAAACCUCAGCCAACAACAACGGCGCAACCAGCCAAACCCCCCGAACUCCCUCCUCAGCAGCUUCCUCUCCUUCAUCCUCUUCUACGCAAGCAUCCCGUGUCGCCGCACCGACUCCUAAUCGUACGACGACAGAUAACAUCUCCAAGAGCGGCCUUGCCGAUAAACCACUCGAGCUCGAGGUUGCCCCAGAGGAGAAAAUCGACUGGACACGCUCAUUCCACGGUCUUUCUGCAGAACCUUUCCCCAAGGAAGCGGCCGAUAUCUUAUUGGCUGAGACUCCUCCUGAGGAAGUAGAGAUUAAGCCGGAUGGAAUCGUCUACCUCCCCGAGAUCAAGUACCGCCGUAUCCUGAACAAGGCCUUUGGUCCGGGUGGAUGGGGUCUUGUCCCACGCAGUGAGAGCAUUGUUACGCCGAAGACUGUGACGAGGGAGUAUGCGCUUGUUUGCAAUGGCCGACUUGUCUCUGUCGCCCGCGGGGAACAAGAUUACUUCUCACCCGAUGGCAUUCCCACGGCUACCGAGGGAUGUCGGUCCAAUGCGCUGGUGCGAUGCUGCAAGGACCUUGGCAUUGCGAGUGAACUCUGGGAUCCGCGCUGGAUCCGGAAGUACAAGGCUAAGUAUGCGCGUGAGGUCUUUGUCGAGCAUGUCGUCAACAAGAAGAAGUCGAAGAUUUGGAUUCGUAAGGAUGAUCCCGUGGGGUAUCCUUGGAAGGAGAGUGGGAGGUAA